UCCUUAAUGCUUACGUAUAUUUUAUGAUAAGGUAAAUUGUUUACCUUAUAACUUCUUCAAUGCUUACAUAUAUUUUAGGAUAAAGAAAAUUGGUUUCUUUAUAACUGCUUGUGUGAAAGUAAAUUGCUUACUUUAGAUUUUCUUAUGUGUUAAGAUUAUGUGCCUUAAAAUGUCUUACCAUAGGGCUAACUGGUUACAUUAUAUACACUUUUAUGUAGUAAAUUGAAUGCUUAAACAUGUCUCCUAGUGGAGAAACAUUGGAGGAAUACAAAGAACAUGUGUCCCUUUAGACCCCAUGAUGUACGAACACAACUUCAAGCUCCUUGUGUUGCCCCUCGGGCAAAAUAAGGGAAACUCUGGAACGUUUAUCAAAGGAUCUUUUGUUAUCAGGAGAGUAAAACAGGGAAAUCUGCAGAGAAAUCUCGCUCUCUCGUUCUUUUUGGUUCUUCUGCUGCUGGUGUGGUGCCGUGUGUUCUCUGCUCUGCCCUUGCUCUUCUGCUUCCAAAAAACAGCGGCCUUCAUAGCAAUAGGUUUUUAACUUAAAGACUCCGACACCGUAAGCGCUCGGUUCAGACUCUAUUUCUUUUUAGUUUAGAUUUAGAAAAUCCAACCUCAAGCUCUUCUUGACGAAAUGUUGGUAGAUUAGUCCUAGGACCAUCUUCCCUAAAAGAAAGAGGCAGCUCUCGGGGUCGUGCGUUGUACUGGGGCACGAGAGUUUGCUUCAACGUUAAAUUCCUGGGCUCCACUCGGGAAACGUUGGAAGUUUAGUCCUAGGACCAUCUUCCCGAAAGAAAAAGGCAGCUCUCGGGGUCGUGCGUUGUACUGGGGCACGAGAGUUUGCUUUAACGUUAAAUUCCUGGGCUCCACUCGGGAAACGUUGGUAGUGUAGUCCUAAAAACCCACCUGCCUUGAGCUCCUCUCGAGAAUUGUUGGUGGCUUUUUAGUAGGUUUAGUCUUAAAACACCGUCCUCGAGCCGCUCGAGUGCAUUUGGUAGUUUUAAUAGGAUUUCCCUCCCCUCCUUACAAGCGCUGCCUAGUACCCGUCCUGGGGAAAGGCUCAAUUAGGAUCCCCUCUUAGAAUUAGCAAUAGUUUAGGUUAAAAGUCCUGUCCACUCUUCAUCUAUUUUCUUCUUCUUUUUACUGUCUUUUCUUUUCAAAUCUAUACUCAGUAGUAAAAGUUAUUGUGUUUAUUGGACCUAAAAAUAAAUCUACCUGACUACAUUUGUAGUAGGUUAACUCAAUCGUUCGAGUCCUUUUCCCUGUCGACUCCUCGACACAGGCAAAGCAGAACGACACACGCUCUCCCAGCUGAUCCCCUCACGGUGUCGGAAGAACCGUGGUUGGGACUCAGGUACCAGGCCGGUGUCUGCAUCGGGAGCGGAGGGGUGGAGUGGAGGACAUAAUCAUCUAGUCUGCAGUCCUGAUGGACCAAGUGAAGGUCAUGACACCCGUCCGGGCCUGGCUCCACCUCGACCUGGCCCUGCUGCUCUGCUCCCUCCUGGCGUCCUGCUGUCGAGGACCGGCGGCCGUGGGAGCAGUGGUGCCGGCGGCCCCGGUCAACGUGUCGGUGACCCAGCUAAGAGCUCAUUCUGCCAUGGUGACCUGGAGCGUCCCACAGGGAGACACCGUCAUCGGCUACGCCAUCUCACAGCAGAGGCAGGAUGGGCUGAUGCAGCGGUUUAUCCGAGAGGUGAACACUUCCAGCCACUGGUGUGUGUUGUGGGACUUGGACGAGGACACGCACUACAGUGUCCAGGUCCAGUCAGUGGGUCUGCAGGAUGACAGCCAGCCCAGCAGAACCAUUCAGUUUAGAACCCUGGAGAGAACCGACCACUACCCUGCCGGAGUCCUUGACCAUCAUGAACCUGCCAUGGAGGGUCUGGACAUGACCCCCCAGCUGCAGACCGGGGAGCUGCUCAUCAUCACCACCGUGUUGCUGCUCUGGGCUGCCGUGAUCGCGCUGUUCUGCCGUCAGUAUGACAUCAUCAAGGACAACGACUCCGCCGGUGGCGGGCGGGACAAGAACAAGCGGCCCUCGGUCCGGGCCCCCGCCGUACCCUACUACCACCCCUCAGCCUCCAGCUCGCCCCUUUAUCACAACGGCUCCGUGCACACCGGCAAGCUCCACAGGGGGUCCUCUUCGAUCAGCAUAAUCAGGGUGUGAGCGUUUGGAUGUGUGAUCACAGCUCGGCCCACCCACGGCUAAAGUCUACUUUACAGGCUCUUCCUGGAAGGCUUUCUACUGAUGAACAUUUUAUGAACCUAGUGUGGCAGUUUUAACUGCCGCUGAAGCUAAAUUCCACCACCACCCUAAAUAAGAUGGAGGGUCGUUUAUUGUCAUACUGCAGAACAUGAAGAAACUGAUGAAUAGUGCUGCAGUGGAAUGGGAUUUCCCUCCAGAUCAAGGGUGUUUGUGAUUGAUCUCACCUUGGAAUAAAGAACGACGAUACACCGCCUUCUAGCGGCGGACGUCGGUACUGAAUAUUGACGAUGAGCUUCUGGGCAGCAGGUAUGGACGGACGGAGAAAGUGCUUCAGACAUUCGCUGCAGUUUACAGAUUUUAUAUUUCACCGACAUGGAUGUACGAAGGACCACUAUCUGUUCUCUGCUUGUAAAAAAAAUAUAAACCAAACAACAAACCCUCAGUGUUGUGGCAUCAGUAGCUAAACACUGCCCUCUAGUGUCCGUCUCACAGCAGCUCAGUUAUUUUGGCUUCUCCAAUCCGCAUAAACUGACCUCUCCUACUGGAGGAGCUCUGUUGUUAUAGCUGGUUCAAUGUUGAUAGAUUCCUGCACUGCAAUAUAAAGAACUUGAUGCGUAUUGUGUGUGUUUGCAUAUGAGGAUUGUGCUGCUUCCAGAUGAUGUAUAGAUUACAAUUUCAUACCAAAGGCCUAAAGCCUCCAAAACAUAGAUGACAUCGGCCUCCAACCAGAUUUUUAGAGGACAUUGUGACAUUUCUGUUGGAUAUUCUUAUAGAAGGUCAUUUUCAGGAUGUCAAAAAAUAAAUUGUUUAUGAAAAUUUAGUUUUAAUUACUAGGGCAUUGAUUUAAGAUGUAAAAGACAAGUGUGUUGUUGCGUGUGUAUGGAUUGUGGUAUUUCCACCACUAAACAAACCACAAUGUGAAUAAACAAUGUAUGCUAUUGUUUAUUAUUUUGUAAUGAAUUCCUGCUUUAUCAUUUGGAGACACUAACAACCAUUGGGUCCACUGCAACAUGUAUUGUACUGUAUGUGAUAUGGACGUGCAAAUGAAGUAUAGAUUAGCAAUUGGAAAAUUAGAUUGUUAGAAUUAUUUCUGUGGUAACGAAAUAAUGAACAUUAAAAUGGCAAUGGUA